AUGAGGUCUAUUACCAGCAUUGCGCCGAUUGCGGCGCUUGCUUCUCUGUGUGCAGCCCAGAAUAGCAGUUACAUCCCAUCCGAGGUUCCGCUGUACGGCGAGAGCCCUGCAGUAUACCCAACCCCAAUUGGUAACGGGACAAGCAAUGAAGCAUGGGCAAACUCCUACUCUCGAGCGCGAGCGCUUGUCGCUCAGAUGACACUAGAAGAGAAGGCGAACAUCACUCGCGGCUACACGGGACAAUGCGUUGGUAACUCAGGCGCCAUCCCGAGGUUCGACAUCCCACCUCUUUGCUUCGCCGAUGCCCCGGAUGGAAUUCGUGGGCAGGAGUUUGUCUCCGCUUUUCCAGCAGGAAUUCACGUAGCUGCGACCUUUGACCGCGACCUCAUGUACCGCUACGGGCAUGCGCUAGGCGCUGAGUAUCGUGGAAAGGGCAUUAAUGUAGCACUCGGCCCAGUCGCAGGACCCUUAGGUCGCGUCGCAAGAGGUGGACGCAAUUGGGAAGGCCUGAGCGCGGAUCCGUAUCUUGCAGGUGCGGGCAUGGGCGCCAUCACUCGCGGUAUCCAAGACAACGGUGUCAUUGCUACGCCAAAGCACUGGCUUUUGAACGAGCAAGAGUUCCGCAGAAGAGAAAGCGAUCUGGGCGACGCUGUAUCAAGCAAUGUCGAUGAUCGCACGAUACACGAGCUGUAUGCGUUCCCCUUCGCGAACGCCUUCCGCGAGGGUGCAGCUUCGGCCAUGUGUUCUUAUCAGCGAGCCAACAACUCGUAUGGCUGCCAGAACUCGAAGCUGCUUAAUGGCCUUCUCAAGACCGAAUUCGGGUUUGAAGGUUUUGUUGUGAGCGACUGGGGCGCGCACCACUCUGGAGUUGCGUCGGCAAAUGCUGGGCUGGACAUGGUCAUGCCAGAUGGCGGAUACUGGGGCAAGAACCUCACUGAGGCCGUCAACAAUGGCAGCGUCAGCGCCGAACGCCUCGAUGACAUGGCGACCCGCAUACUGGCCAGUUGGUACCAACUCAAACAAGAUGAGGACUACCCUGCUGUGGGCGUGUACUCCAACACCGUCAAGCACCAGCCCAUCGAAGUACAAGACGACCACCCAGAGCUGAUCCGCGAAAUUGGCUCAGCUGGAACCGUCCUCGUGAAGAACGUCAAUAACACGCUGCCCUUGAAAAAUCCCAAGUUCCUGAGCGUCUACGGCUACGACGCUACUGUGAAGUCCACUCCAUGGGAGAACCCUUCCCGCUUCGGCGGCGGCUACGAAGUAAACUUCGGCUGGAACAUCCUCAACGGCACGAUGAUCACCGGCGGCGGCUCGGGCAGCAACACACCUUCCUACGUAAUCAGCCCCUUCCACGCCAUCUCCGACCGCAUCGCGAAGAACCGCGGCACCAUCCGCUGGGACUUCGACUCCGAGAACCCAUACCCGCCGUACGUGAAUGCCGAGGCAGCCAUAGUCUUCGUAAAUGCGUACGCAUCUGAGAGCUUCGACCGCACAACCUUAACCGACGAGUUCAGCGACAAACUUAUCCAAAACGUCGCAGCAAAUAACACGAACACCAUCGUCGUGAUACACUCCGCAGGCAUCCGCACAGUCGACGCCUGGAUCUCGCACCCGAACAUCACGGCCGUCCUCUUCGCCGGUCUGCCCGGCCAGGAAAGCGGAAACUCCCUCGUUGAUAUCCUCUACGGGGACGUCGCACCGAGCGGCAAGUUGCCGUACACAAUAGCUAAGCAGGAAGAAGAUUACGGCGCGCUGCUCAACUCGUCGGUUUCAUUUGACUACUUCCCGCAGGAUGACUUCGAGGAGGGAGUGUACAUUGACUACCGCGCUUUCGACAAGAAUGGCAUCGAGCCGAGGUUCGAGUUCGGGUUUGGAUUGACGUAUACUACGUUUGAGUAUGGGGCGCUGGAGAUCGGUGGGGUGGAGAAUGGGACGAAGGAGUAUCCUGAUGAGGGCGUGGCGAUUGUGCAGGGUGGGCAUCCGGAGCUGUGGGAGGAGGUGCUUACUGUUAUGGCGAAUGUUACGAAUACGGGAGAUGUUGUCGCAGCGGAAGUCGCGCAAUUGUAUGUGGGCAUUGCGGACGCGCCUGUGAGACAGCUCCGCGGGUUCCAGAAGGUGCAUGUGGAGCCGGGGAAGACGGAGGCAGUCGAGUUUCAGCUGACGAGGAGGGAUCUGAGUAUUUGGGAUGUAGUGGCUCAGCAGUGGAAAUUGCAGAAGGGAGAGUAUGGGGUUUGGGUUGGGGCGAGUAGCCGGGAUUUGAGGCUGAAUGGAACGUUCACGAUUGGGUGA